AUGGAAUUGGAUCCGAAAUCCCUUGAAGACUUUUUUAACCUUUUUUUGCCUAUCCAAACUAGCCACUCUCUCCGUUGAGUUUUUUUUUUUUCUAUUUUUCCCUCUGUUAACCCACCACACCCAUUUUCACAUUCUCCACCACUGUGUGCGGUUAUUUUCAGCUUCAACGGAAAGUGGCAAGAGAGGGGUGGUCAUACCUCAUUCUCUGAUGGUAUCUUGAAGUUGGUCGGAGCCUCCGUGCCUUGCUGCAGAGGUCGCUGCGGCAUAGAAAAGAAAAAAAAAAAUGAAUUGAGAACGCUCUUGGGUUCGUCUACAAACAAAAGGAAAAGCCAAAGAAAUCAAAGAAAUAAAGAGGGAAGAAAAAGAUCAGCUUCAUGCUAUUCUGAUUUCUGAUUAUGCUCCAAAUUCUUCUUUUUCCUUUUUCUUGGUUGCUCACAGCUACAGACUUUGCACCAUUCUCUCAACGUCAAACAGAGAUUGAGCCCAGUCACACGCUUCAGACCAGAAUUCAACCACCACCACAGGCUUCAUUUCUAUGCCAAUGCUAAGUUUUUCGGUAAAUGUAGCAAAAGGAAAAAUUAUGAACUCUUCACUUUCUUGGAAAAAAUUUCUAUAUCAUAACAAGAAAAAAUAUUAUUAAAUUUUAUCAUUGAAACAAAGUAGAGAGCAAAAGAAUGGUGGGAACAGAGGCAGCAGAAAAAAUGAGUGUCAAUGAAGAAAAAGAUUUGAUUAGCACUCUUCCUGAUUCAGUUCUUGUCUCUAUCAUUUCUCUCCUUCCCUGCAACGAAGGCGUGAGAACCUGUGUUCUUUCCAACCGAUGGAAAACCAUGUGGAAACAUGUUCCUCACCUUAGCUUGGAUCAGAGCAAAAUGUUGAAGCUUUUGAUCCGAGCUUAUCUUCGCGGGCUAUACCUUAGCACGCGUCUUGAAAUGGCUUAUAAUCGUCGUAGGGGAGAUCAAGAAAAAGAUUUUGAAGACUUGGAUGAAAUUGCUAAAGCAGAGGUGUUGAUUGAUUCAGUGUUGGAUUCACACGUUGUUUCUUUGGAAAGUUGUACUAUUCGGCACCUGCCAGAAAGUUGUGCUAGUGGCAAAGCUGUUAUGUGGAUCGAGAAACUCCUUAAGCAAAAUAAGGUGAAGAAGCUUUCAAUGGAGCGAGAUGACACUGAUUAUUUGGGCUCUGAGGAAAGUUUGCCACGGGUUCUGAGAUAUCAUGGAAGGACUCUAGACUUGCCUUUUAAGAUUUUCUCAGGCUUUGAGGCACUUGAGUUGAAGAACUAUUUUCUCAAGACUUCGCCCUCGAGUAAUGAUUCUUGCCAGGUUCUUACAACUUUAGCCUUUAGGAACAUGAGUGUUAAGAAGGAUGCUUGGGAAGGGAUUUUGUCUUGUUGCCUGUGUCUUGAAAAUUUAACACUUGAAAAUGUAACACAUGAUAACUGCAAGUUGAUGAGAGAGGUUACUAUCAAUAGUCCAAGACUCAAAUUUCUCAGAAUUUGUAGAAUGCAGAUGAAUGGGUUUAAGGUUUCUGCUGUGAACCUUGAGGUCUUUGAGAUUGAUACUGUUGUUUGUAUGCCGAAAAGACUACUUACUUUUGAAAUCCCAAAGGUUCAUCUGCUUCGAUCUCGCUCUGAUUUGAAAAUUAGAGGGCAAUAUAUUUGUUGGGUUGGGAGCAAACUGUUGCAGUCGAGAAAUAUUCUACACACUAGCAGCCAGAGUCAUCAAGGAACAACUUCGAGCUUUGCUGGAAUAUUUGAGAACCUGGCUACUCUAUGUAUUGAUUUUGAUUUGAAAACAGUAAAAAAUGCCAUAACCCUCUUUUCAGCUCUUAAGGCAUGCCCAAAGUUGCAAAAUCUUGAAAUUAAUAGCGAGAUUAAUGACAACGCAGUGGAUUACUAUGAUCAACAUGAUGAGGAUGAUGCAAUGGAAUACUACCGUAGAAAGGAGCCAUGUGAGUGCAUCGAUCAACAACUAAAGACCCUUAGCAUAAUGGGAUUUGCAGGAAAAAAAACUGAGGUGGAAUUCCUUAAAUAUGUAAUAACAAAUGGUGAAGUAAUGAAGAAGAUUACAAUUUGGUUUGUUGAUGAUUGCUCAUGGAUUCAUGCCGCUGAAACUGGAUGUUUGCUAUCAUUUCAGACAGCCUCUCCAAACUUGUCCAUCAUUCUCAAUCCUGGGCCAUUUUACAUGGCAAAUGUGGGUGGGAACUUUGAAACAUGGCUCUCAACUCUAAGGGAGUAGGAAAUUUACCGGUGACCAUGGCCAAACUAUGUGUUUCAAAUUCUAUUUUAGUCUUGAACUUUGAAUAUUUCUAGUAUUACGUUUAUAACACUAAAGACAGAUUAGUGGUAGUGGUGCACAUUUUCUAAAUGCUUCCUUUUUUCCCCCACCUAAAAUAAUAAAAAACAAAUUUGAAAGGAAUGAACAAA